CUCAUCAAUGACUAUGCCAUAAUAGAACCGCGGCCUCAGUUAACUAACGUGUCCUGCAUGGUUGUUACAAUCUGUGAAGCCGACUUGAAAGGUUUACCAACCUUUCUUCAGAGCUGCCCGAAACUGAAGUACCUCGUCGUGGGGCUAGAUGAUUAUGAAGAAAUGCCUUCUGAGGAGAUGGAUCGUUUCACUUUUUCAUCUGCUGUUCCUGAAUGUAUGCUGUCAUCGCUCGAGUUUGUUGAUUUCAAUACCGACAUCUCGGGAAGUGCUGCAGAAAUGAAGCUGGCAAAGUACUUUCUGGAGAAUUCUGCGAUCCUCAAGAAACUCACUCUACAAGUGAAGCAUGAUUUGACAGGCUAUGACAUUGGCAUUGACUUCGCCAAGGAGCUCUUCAAAAUCCCA